AUGUUGAAGACGUCUCCACCAGUUCUGGACUCACGUAUGGUGAUCAUGACUGACAAAACCAUCAACGACGACAAGGUCACGCCGGAUGAGGAAGUUUUGAUGAAAAAAUUAUUCGCAAUGGUUCGCAAGUCGUCGCUCAAGAACAAACGGCAGGUAUUUGUAGUGGUUUUUAAUUUCGUAGCGGCAAUGUGUGACGGGAUUGAGCCCAAAUCCGCCGAGUUCCUGCAUCGUCGCUGGGGGUCGGCGAAGCGAUCAAAAAAUCGCGUCAAGAAGGCCCAAGGCGAUGGAGAUGACGAGGAGACGGCGUCAGCCAGGUCUUCACCCGAUUUACAAGCUGAUCAGGAUACCAGAUCGUUGGAUGAUAGACUAUGCGCACCUACCGAGCGUAGAGCUAGGGUUUCCGGGUCCCUCACUAGCAUCCCGUCAGAGCCACAGCAACCGGCAGCCGCAUUAACUUCCUCUACAUCGACACCAGCUGCCUCCAAUUACUCGCUCACCUGUGAACAAGGUGAACUUAUCGGUGCCGAACAGGUUAACGACGCGGUCAUCAAUACUCCAGUCGCGAUCACACUAUCAGCUGCAGCAGUGACUUACCAACUGGCUCAAUGGGACCUAGACACUGAAGCCCAGCUUCGCCUAAUUGCAGUAUCGUUAGGCAAAGGGUGCAAGGGGAAGUGGAAAAUAAUCCGCAGUGAGUACUUUAAACGGUACCCUGGCUCCAAGUUGGGUCAAAAUGCUGUUCGUAUGCGUCUUCGUGAUCGACAAGUAGCGGCCAAAACAGUCCCGGCAGCUCCAACAUCAAUCGCCUCGUCAGAUGGAUGA